AAAAAGAAGAGAGAGAGGUCACUCUAUAAGUUUUUAAAUAAGACAUUAUCAGAUCAUCAUAUUUUAAGAAUUUACCAUACGUUUAAACCAUCUAAUCCGAAGGUAUAAAGUUCCGUGCCCAAAUUUUCCCACUUACUAUCAAAUCUCAACAAAAUGGACACAUUCCCUGUUCUAAUUCUCCAACUCCAAAUCGGCAUCCAUUUCGAAAAAGGAAUAAUUCUCUCUCCUUUUAUAAUCUUAAAUUCCCCCUCUUUAUCCAUUUCUAACCAUUUCAAUUUUAAUUAAAUUCUCUCCCAACAAUUUUAAUUCCAUGACUAUUAACGACUCGAAAAUUUGUGCCAUAAUUCUUGAUUUGGAUGGUACCCUUUUGGAUACAGAAAUUGCGACAAGAAGUGUUUUGAGGGACUUCUUGGAGAGUUAUGGGAAAGUUUUGAUCACUGAUAAAGAACAUGGGAGAAUGGGAAGAACACAGAAAGAAUCAGCUGUUGCCAUUGUUAAGAAUUAUCAACUUCCUCUUACUCCUGAUCAAUUUAUUGCUGAAAUUACUCCUUUGUAUCGUUCCAUGUUUUCUUAUCUGUUACAUUUUAGGUGGAAAGAUGCCAAAGCACUUCCUGGUGCCAAUCUCCUUCUCCAAUACCUCCAUAAGCAUCAGAUUCCGUUUGCUCUUGCCUCAAACUCUCUGCGUGAAUAUAUAGAUGCCAAAAUCUCACAUCAGAAAGGAUGGAAGGAGUGGUUUUCUGUCAUUCUCGGAAGCGACCAGGUCCAAUCAGGGAAACCUUCUCCAGACUUAUACCUGGAGGCUGCAAAAAGAAUGUCAGUGGAUCCCAGUAACUGCCUUGUUAUAGAGGACUCUUUGAUAGGUGUUAAAGCUGCAAAAGCUGCUGGUAUGAAGGUAGUGGUUGUUCCAUCACAGUCUGAAGCCGAUGCUGCUGCUUUGGCUGACCUCAGUCUUCAUUCACUUCUGGAUUUCAAGCCCGAGUUGUGGGGUCUUCCUUGUUUUGAUCAAUGAUUCAAUGUGGUCUCCCAAAUACGAAGUAGUUAUCUUCUCAGCUUAUCUUAUCUGCCAUAAAUGGCUUUAUUAAUAGCAGAAUUAGCCAACCAAAUGAUCCUUUACAUCAAGUUUAUGUGCUAGUUUUUGGUUAGGCUACAAUAGGGGUAUCAAGUACUCCCUCCGUUCCUAAAUAAGUGUCACAUUUCCAUUUUUGGCGUUC